GUUCUCAUCAGAACAUACAAGUCACUGACCUUCCAACACUCGCAACAACCACUUCAACACACCAAACCAAACUUGGGCACUCAAAUAAAUAAAUAUAAACUUUAUUUUUGUUUUGCCUUUCGAUGGAGUUCCUGAGCACAACCACUCUCUUAGCCCUAGCUCUUCUGCUCCUUGUAAUUCCGAAGAUAUACAAAUCUUGUUGGAUCCUUGUUUGGCGGCCAUGGAUGCUAUCCAGAAAAUUCAUGAAACAAGGAAUCUCUGGCCCAAAAUACAAGAUCCUGCAUGGAAACCUCCGCGAGAUAAGGACGUUGAAGCAAGAAGCUAAGCUUACGGUUCUUGAUCUAAACUCCAACGAUAUCUUCCCUCGCGUUUUACCUCAUUUUCACCAAUGGAGGUCUCAAUACGGAGAGACGUUUCUCUACUGGCAAGGAACAGAGCCGAGGAUAUUCAUCUCAGAUCAUGAACUUGUCAAACAGAUCUUAUCAAACAAAUUUGGUUUCUAUGUUAAACCAAAGACAAGACCCGAGGUCCUUAAACUUGCUGGUAAUGGACUUGUCUUUGCCGAUGGUAUUGAUUGGGUUCGUCAUAGACGUAUCUUAAAUCCUGCCUUCUCCAUGGACAAACUAAAGCUUAUGACCAAAUUAAUGGUGGAUUGUACUUUGAGGAUGUUCGAGGAGUGGAGCAAACAGAUGAAUGAUGGUGAAAAAGAGCAAGUGGUGAUGAUGAACGUAGAGUUUAAGAGAUUAACCGCUGAUAUUAUAGCGACUGCUGCGUUUGGAAGCAGUUAUGUUGAAGGAACUGAAGUGUUUAAAUCACAAAGGGAGCUUCAAAAGUGUUGUGCUGCUUCUGUUACUAACGUCUAUAUCCCUGGAACCGAGUACCUUCCUACGCCUUUGAAUCUGAAAAUAUGGAAGCUUGAUGGGAAAAUAAACAACUCCAUCAAAAGAAUCAUCGAUGCGAGGCUAAAAGCAAAAUCCAAGAACGUAGAGAAAGAUUAUGGAAAUGAUCUUCUUGGAAUCAUGCUAGCAUCUUCAAGAUCUAACGAGACUGAGAAAAAGAUGAGCACUAAUGAGAUCAUAGAGGAAUGCAAGACGUUCUUCUUUGCUGGGCACGAAACUACUGCGAAUCUAUUAACAUGGACUACAAUGCUGCUUAGCUUGCACCAAGAUUGGCAGGAGAAGCUCAGAGAAGAGGUUCUCAAUGAAUGUGGUAAAGACAAGAUCCCAGAUUCAGACAACUGCUCUAAACUCAAACUGGUAAAUGCAAAUUGCAAACGUUUUUGUUUCUUAAUAAUGUGUUUCUUGCGUGCGAAGAAACCUAUAACGAAUCCUAACGUUGGAGAACUGAUAUGAAACAUGAUCAUGUACGAUGAACAUGGUGCUGAUGGAAACACUUCGUCUAUACGGACCAGUGUUGUGAUUCGGUCAGCAGCACAAGACAUGAAGCUAGGAAACCUAGUGAUCCCUAAAGGCACAACCAUAGUGGUCCCCAUUGUGAAGAUGCACAGAGACAAAGCCGUUUGGGGAAAUGACAGUGAUAAAUUCAAUCCGCUGCGGUUUGAAAACGGCGUUUCGCGAGCCGCUAAUCACCCAAACGCCUUCCUCGCGUUCUCAUUAGGUCCUAGAGUUUGCAUUGGCCAAAACUUUGCCCUGAUGGAAGCCAAGACCGUUCUCACAAUGAUUCUAAAACGUUUCCGGCUUAAUAUCUCCGACGAGUAUAAGCACGCCCCGGCAGAUCACCUCACUCUUCAGCCACAGUUCGGUUUACCAGUAAUGCUUCAACCUAUCAAGUGGAAGUAACAACUAACAACAACUGCAUCCACUUUUGUAUAUUGACCUUCAAAGGCUAAAGAUAUUGAGCUUAAUUAUGAAAUCAUUUUGGGCAGGGCCCAAUAAUUA